AUGGAAGAAGGGAAGGAGGGGGCUCAAAGGACAAGGGCGAGAAGGCCGGGGAGAAAGAACAAUGAUGGAGAUGAAAGGAUGGCAUCAGUGAGAGGAUCUUUCCUGGAUGUUUACAUUGAUGGUGAAUGGGUCAAGGUUUGUGCAACGUUGGAUGAAACAGCAUUAACACUAAGCGUACCAGCAGACGCUGAUCACGGACAGGGCGCAGAUAUACGUACGGUUCGAAUAGUGAAACAUGAUGGUAGUGGCCUGGGUAUCAGCAUCAAAGGUGGCCGUGAUAAUGACAUGCCUGUUAUCAUUAGCAAAAUUUUCAAAGGUAUGGCAGCAGAUGAAACAGGGCAAUUGUUUGUUGGUGACACUAUCGUUGCGGUAAACGGUGAAUCCUUAGAGGAUGCUACACACGAUGAAGCUGUUAGGGCACUUAAGAAAGCUGGACGUAUCGUCGACUUGCAUGUUCGUUUCAUGCGGGACAUGUGUGCUCAACGUGAAAACUGGGUGGAACGUAUUCAAUGGGAUGACGCUUCGCACGAUCGAAUUCGUAGCAUUGGUUUGAAACUUGCCUUUGUGACACGUACAACUCUCCAAAUUGAAGAUAUCGAAAACAGAAUGUUUGAAAUAAGAUCGCCUUCGGGACGAUAUACGCUUUUAUUUAGAUGCAGUAAUUCAUUAGAAGCAGAUGCCUGGUUCGAAACUGUACACACUUGUUCAUGCGCAUUAUUAACACAAGCGUUGGCACAAGUGAAUUUGAUGCUUGGAAAUAAUCCACAAGUGCGCAAAAUGGGCUGGAUUACUGAACAGAUGCUUAAUGAAAAUGGAAUAACCGUCUGGAGACCAAUGUUUGCAGCAUUAACUGUCAAUGAUUUACUGUUUUAUGACUCCGUCCCGAUGUUGAAAUCGGAAUGGGCUUCUCCAAAAGUUACCAGACCGCUCAUCGCUACACGCGUGGUACAAACAACGUCACGAACUGCUCCUGUUAUAACUGGCUUAUCAGAUGUGAUAUCAUUUACAACGAGAACAGGUACACAGCAAGGUGUCCGCUCACAUGUGUUACGCGUGGAAACACACCGAGACUUGGCUUCAUGGAUAAGAAGUAUCGUUACAUGUACAUAUGAGGCAUGCGCCAAAACUGGUCAAGUAUCAUGUCCUUGUGUUUGGCAAGACGAGCAGUGCGAGUUAGUGUUGCAGCUUGACAAAGGCUUAAGCCUAAUUAGUCAUGAUGGCCAAAUCCGAUGGCAGUAUCCAUUUGAAACCAUUCGAGCUACCGGUGACGACGGGAAUAGAUUUCUGUGGAUCGAUUUUGGUCCACCUUCCGGUGAACAGGAAAUCGACUUGCUUUCAUCACCAAAACCAGUUGUUUUUAUUCUUCACUCAUUUCUUGCCACAAAAGUUUAUCGGCUCGGAUUAUAUGCAUAA